UUGGCACAUCGCUCGGAGAAGCACACAGUUCAGUUUCAGUUUCAGUGUUCUGCAGAGCGAGGGAGAAGAAAGAUAAGGGAAGAGGAGAGGGAGACAGUGAGCGAGGUGUAGUAGCCAGCCAUGGCGAGGCGGCGGUCUGCUUGCCUCGCCGUCGCCGUGCUCCUGCUUGGGGCGCUGGCGGUGGCGAGCGCCUUCGUCGGCGAUGAGGAGGCGGCGGCGGCUGGGCGCGGGCUCGGCCAUGGCGGCCGGUUCGUGGGCAAGCGUGGGCGCGCUGCGUACGAGAAGCCGCCGGAGCCCGAUGCCAAGCCGAAACCACGUCCGGAGCACAAGCCUAAACCUGAGCCCAGACCAGAGCCGGAGCCUAAACCCGAGCCAUACCCAGAGCCCAAGCCAUACCCAGAACCAAAACCUGAGCCCAAGCCUCAGCCUAAACCUGAACCAGAACCAAAGCCUGAGCCAAAACCUGAGCCCAAGCCGGAGCCUAAACCUGAACCAAAGCCUGAGCCAAAACCUGAACCCAAGCCAGAGCCUAAGCCACACCCUGAACCAAAACCUGAGCCAAAACCCGAGCCCAAGCCAGAGCCUAAGCCACACCCUGAGCCGAAGCCAGAACCGAAACCAGAACCAAAGCCAGAGCCCAAGCCAUACCCCGAACCGAAGCCGGAGCCAAAGCCAGAACCGAAACCAGAGCCAAAGCCGGAGCCUAAACCACACCCAGAACCUAAGCCAGAACCGAAACCAGAGCCCAAGCCUGAGCCUAAACCACACCCAGAACCUAAGCCUGAGCCGAAGCCUGAACCAAAACCAGAGCCUAAGCCAUACCCAGAACCAAAACCAGAGCCCAAGCCAGAACCAAAACCAGAGCCAGAGCCUAUGCCACACCCUGAACCAAAGCCUAAGCCUGAGCCUAAGCCAGAACCAAAACCAGAGCCUAAGCCGGAGCCUAGGCCACACCCAGAACCGAAGCCGGAACCCAAACCAUACCCAGAACCUAAGCCAGAGCCCAAACCUGAACCAAAGCCUGAACCUAAACCUGAGCCAAAACCAUAUCCAGAGCCAAAACCUGAACCAAAGCCAGAGCCUAAGCCCGAGCCAAAACCGGAGCCACCUCCAAAGAAGCACAAGCCGCCGCACAUUCCGCCGGCGACCGACCAGUGACGGCGAUCGCCGGAGACUGAGCAUCUUACUUGCUGCCCGGAGCCACUGAUGUCAUUAUCUCGCCGGAGGCCGGAGCGGUAGCGAAUCGCCACACUGUACCGUUUCUGGAAUAAAGUGACGAGCUAUCUUUCCUGCUUGCUUCUUUUUUUUAUAAUUCCUCUUCUCUUAAUUAUUUCCUUUCAUGUUGUUUCUUUUCCGGAUGUGCCACGGCUAGCUAGUGUAAUUAUUUAUUUCUUAUGUAUCUACGCCAUUUUUAUUACCGUAUC